AUGAUUGUGACGGGCCGGGCGAAGCAUGGUGCAAGGCGACAGCUAGAGACAGAGCAUCGAGAACGUUCGGGGCCGCCAAGGGAGAAUCGGGGCCCGCGCUUCCGGCUUCGCCCGACACAAACUCCUACACCCUUCCCGGGCCUCGACUUGCGUGCCGAACGGCGCGCCACCCGGGCAGCGAAGGCGACCCGAGCGACGGAAAGCUUUGGGUGUCUUGCUCUCUGGAAGGAGUGCAGCUCCGGGCGCGUCACCACGACAUCGUCGUGGUCCUCCGGGGGUUUGGGGCCGAGCCAGACUUGUCGGCGGAGACAGGCGGUCAUUCUGGAGCGCAGGAAGCAGCGAGGCGGCGUGGUGCUGGCGCUUAUGGAUGUUGUGGUCGGCCCGGAACAUGACCGAAGACUGUGCCUUGGUUGUUGCCUUGUUGCGAGCGUGUGCCUUGGCUGGUGGGACGGUGCUGGACUAAGCCAUGAAUUCCUCUUUUAAGCCCCAAUCUGGCCACCACGCAUUCGCACUAUUGAGCAGAAGGUAAAAGAAGGCGUUCCAGUCCUUCAGACGACAGGCUUGCUUGUAGGCGGGCUUGCGCUUGCAGCCCGGUUGGUCAGGUCAACAUUAGUGAUAAGGACGCUGACUCCCCUCAAUAUGUUAUUGAAGUGCAUGUAUAUUUCUCCGUCUGAAAUCUUAAACGUUUGAGUCAAUGUAAGCUGUACCGUGCAUUGAUAGUUGUGUGCGUAUGGUAAGCAAACCACGUCGGGUUGCCUGAUCGGUUUUAUCGUGAGGCUUUACUUUUGCUAGGCUGAGAGAUUCGCGCUUAGUACUGCGCAAUUGUGCAUAGGCUACAUGGGUUGUUGAUUCGAUCGGUCGGAUUAGCGAAU